CUUCACCAUCUUCCAUCACGAAAUACCCCAGCCAGAUCUGCUCACCUUCCUUUGACCCUCCCUCAGGGUCCAGUGUUCCCUGUAAAAGGGAUUCACAGAUGUUGUUGACUACAACUCCCAGAAUCCUCAGGCAAAGGCCACUGCAGCUGGGAUUGCUGGGAGCUGUAGUCAACAUCUGGGAAUCCCUCUUACAGGGAACACUGUCAGGGUCCACUGUCUCUCUGCUUAAGGCACUCCAAAGCUAUACGUGUAAAGCAGCUUGAAACUGGUUGCAGUCUCUCCAAAUUCAAGGUGCCCCCACGUCUUGCAGAGAGUGCGGGGGAAGCUUGGGAUGGCUUUGAAAGAAGCGCAGAUCAGCUGCACAGGCUGCCUUCGAUGCGGGGCGGGGUGCGGGAUUUCUAUUUCUCUUCUCACCCUUCAGUUUCCCCUCCAAUUCAGGUUCUGGCGUUUACUCUUCCCCUGGUGGGGUCUUCAACCCACCCACUGCUCAUAUGUCCCCCCCCCGCCCCCGCUGAGACUCCCAUCCAAACAAAAAAUGCAUGCAAGACUCACCAGAUCACAAAAGCCACUGUCCUCUGGAGUGGGACCGGAAGAGCAUCUCACCAGGGACAAUCGCGGUUUCAUACUUUUGCCUCUCUAGCAUUCACAUCUCUCAGACUUUAACCCUGAGAUGCCAGCACGGUAGUAUGCCAAAGGGGAGGCUCACUUCUCUGCCGAAGAGACAGAGAAAAGGAAAGAAGAGAGGAGCUGGACUCAUUGGAGCAAGUGAGUUCUGCUUUUUACAUAGAUUUCAAACACACAGCGGCCCACCAGAUGCCCCUGAGGAGCCCAUAGGCAAGAGGUGGGCAUGCCCUCUCUCCUGCUGUUGCUCCCCUGCAACUGGUAUUCAGAGGCAUCCUGCCUCUUAGCCUGGAGGUGACCUAUAGCCAUCAGGACUAGUAGCCAUUGAUGGAUCUGUCAUGAAUUUGUCUAAGACCCUUUUAAAGCCAUCACCACAUCUCAUGGCAGCAAAUUUCAUAGAUUAAUUAUGUGCUGUGUGAAAAAGUGCUUUCUUUUGUUGGUCCUACAUUUUCUGGCAAUCAGUUUCAUGGGAUGACCCCCGGUUCUGGUGUUGUGUGAGAAGGACAAAAUUUUCUAUCUCCACACCAUGCAUAAUUUUAUAGAUCUCUAUCAUGUCUCCCUUUAGUCGUCUUUCCCCCCUAAACUUAAAUCCCCAGAUGUCAUUGUUUUGCCUUAUAAGGAAGAUGCUCUGGGCCCCUUGUUAUCUUGGUUGCCCUCUUCUGCACCUUUUCCAGUUUUACAAUGUCCUUCUAAAGAUAUAAUGACCAGAACUGUAUGCAGUACUCCAAAUGUGGCUGCACCAUAGAUUUGUAUAAGGGCAUUAUAGUAUUGGCAGUUUUAUUUUCAAUCCACUUCCUAGUUAUUCUGAGUGUGGAAUUUGCCUUUUUCACAGCUGCCAUACACUGAGAUGACACUUUAGGAACAUAAGCACCUUCCUUAUACUGAGUCAGACCACUGGUCCAUCUAGCUCAGUAUUGUCUACAUAGACUGGCAGCAGCUUUUCCAAGUUUGCAGACAGAAGUCUCUCUCAGCCCUAUCUGGGGAUGCCAGGGAGGGAACUUGGAAUCUUCUGCUCUUCCUAGAGCAGCCCCAUCCCUUAAGAGGAAUAUCUUACAGUGCUCACAUGUAGUCUCCCAUUCAAAUGUAAAUCAGGGCAGACCCUGCUUAGCAAAGGGGAUAAUUCAUACUUGCUACAACAAGACCAGCUCUCCUCCCUUCAUUUGUAAAAUUCAAAGUGUUGCCUUUGCAGAAUUCAGUGGGCCCAACACCUGCAGCAGUUCCCUGCUUAAAGGAAAAUUCUAGUGGAACAAAAACUUUAACGUUGAAGGAUUUUUUUGGAGCACAAAAUCAGAGACAGAAGUGGAAGACUCAGCAGGCAUAGAGACAUUCAUCAUGGGGAGCACUGAGGAAUGCUGGGAAAGGACUGUGAAGAAGAUCCUGGAUGAGGACACACUCAGUUCAGGUGUACACUACCAGCACUUCAGGCAUUUCUGCUACCAGGAGGCUGAGGGCCCCCGAGAAACUUGCAACCAACACUGCAGUCUUUGCCGUCAGUGGCUCAAACCAGAGCAGCACACAAAAAAACAGAUCCUGAAUCUGGUGAUCUUGGAGCAGUUCUUGAUCAUCUUGCCUUCUGAAAUAAGGAGAUGGGUGAGAGAAUGUGGAGCAAAGACCAGUUCUCAGGUGGUGGUCCUGGCAGAAGGUUUCCUCUUGAGUCAAGCAGAGAACAAGAAGCAGCAAAAGCAACAGAUACAUGGUGGGUUAGCAGAAGUGACUCCUGUUUUCUUUAAGGCAGAGAAGGCUCUGUCAAACAUCAGGCAGAGAUUGCUAUCCAGGGUGAUCUCUCAGGAGGGUGAUGGAGAUCCCACCUUGCUGGGUUGUGGAAUAAUACAGGCAACAGAUACAAGGUCAUCUCCCCUGGGUGGUGGUGAAGCAAUAGCUUCUAUGCAACCAGAGGAGGGUCUCGUGUCCUUUGAAGAGGUGGCCGUGCAUUUCACAGAAGAGGAAUGAGGUCUGCUGGAUCCAAACCAAAGAGCCCUGCAUGGAGAAGUCAUGGAGGAAGUUCGUUGGAAUGUUGUCUCUUUGGUGUUGGCUUUGCAGAAUUUAGUGGACCCAACAGUUGUUACAGUUCCUGUUGAAAGGAAGAGUUGUACAAGAGGAACUUCAGCCUUGUUGGAGAGACUCCCUUUGGAGCACAGAAGUGGAGACAGGC